AUGGAAGAGUUUCUGGCAGCCAGAAGAGUUGAUAUUUUGAGAGAUGAAAAGAUUGACGACGAUUGCGUCAAGAUAAUGACGGAUGAAGAAUUAACCAAAUUUAUACCAGUUUAUGGUGACAUACUUGCAUUAAAACAAUUCUUUCAUAAAGAGAAUGAUAAACAAAAAAUAAAGAAGCAGAGUAUAUUUGAAACUUUGAGAAUAAAAUUAAAAUUUGUUUCAGAUCAAAAUCAGAAAAAGUCUUUUCAAGCACUUAAGCCAGAAAAAACAGUUGGCAUGGGAAUUAUGAUAUACGACGAAGACGAACAACGUUUCCAUACAGUGAGAACGAAAAAUGGUGGGGGAAAUUUGUCUGUGAGCUCGCCAUAA